CAGCCACUUCCUUUGUUGAAAGGGAUGGUCUGGUUUAGAAGUUACAUUUUAGGAACAUUUGGUCAUAUUGGUACGUGGGUGACAAGAGUGAGGGUUAGAGAGACAACUCACCAUCUCAUUGAGGAGGCUGGUUUUUAUCAGCAUCCAACGAAGUCAGAGCAAGUAGCAGCCCACUUCCAAUUGUCAUGGCAACAGCAUGUGAAUGUAUUGGGCUGUAGGAGCAGGCUGUAGCGUAGAUGUAGGAGUGCUGCAUUGGAAGCCACAGCUCUAUCUCCUGAGCCAGCUGUGAGGUAACAUCCAGAUGAAGGAAUUGUGAAACUCUGUUCUCUAAAGAGGACUCAUCUCUGUUCAGCCAAACAGCCUGUGAUCUAUCUGGUGUCUCAGGCCUGUCUCUGAUGUCAUGGAGAACAGGGCCCUGAUGUGUACCAGUCAAGCCUGGAAGGGGCCCAAAGGGUCCACCUUCUCCCCCAACUGGGACAACACAUCCUACCAACCAAACAUCAUGAUGUCCCCUUGUCCUGACGUGGUGAAGUCCCCAUGCCAGCAUGCUGCCAAGAUAUGCCACCCCCCAGAAUCCUCUGUGACCUCCCAGUUCCAGCAGGUUGGCCCCUAUGCCUCCACUGGAUUGUCUGCCAUGACUAACACUGCCAGUAGAAGGGGUGAAAGGGAGUGUUAUAUAGUUAACCCCAUUCAAAAUGAGGAGACGGUCCUGCCAGUACACAACCCUGAGUUUCGCGGUCGCUCCUUCUCUGCAGCCACUGCCUCAAACUCAAUUACUUCCAGAAGCAGAUGUGACAGCUACGUCCACCUAUGCCCUGACAACAGCGCAGAGGACAUUAGUAGAGGCGACAGCUCCCCGUUGAGCCCAGACGUCUCCCCUGAUCACAGUGGUCCACGGUCGCGGUCCCACAGCAUCAUCCUGAGGAAGACGCGGAGGAGGCCGGCGCCGCCAACCCGUAGCGUGUCCCUGAGGAGAGACUCCGCCUCCCAGCUCAGAGACAACAGGACCAAGAGCCUCUACAUGGACAGAGACACAGCUACCCAAGACUCCUUCUUGCCUGACCUCAUCCUCAUCUCCACACCCAGGACAGAGGAGGUACUGUGCCUGGAGCAGUCCCCUGCUCAGCCUGUACAGACUCUGGUUGGGCCACCAGUCAACAAUAAUGGGCAGCUACGUGAAGUAAGAUCAACUGACCCCUGCUCUUCCAUGUCAUGCUCAGGUCCUGCUAUGGGUAUUACUGGAAAUGAGGACAAAAAAGCCCCCAGCUGGUCAGAAUCGGUCAGACCCUCUCCCCCCUUGCGACACCCUCCAACUCUAACUUGUAAACAGUCCACCUUCCUACCACCUGCCCCAGUCUCCCCCUCCAAUGGCAUGUCCAGAUCUCAGUGUGAGACUUCCCCCCCUCCUAUCCUCACGUCUGCCAUCACUGGACCCUCCCCCCUGGGCUGCAGGAUGCGCCCCAAGUCCUCCACCUCACCCACCUCCCCCAGAGCCAGCAACAGCAGGUUACGGCUGUCCCUGGAGUUGCCAGGCAUUGUCCCUCUCCCAGACCCGACGUUGGUCAAAUCUAAAGCCACGCGGCGUCACUCCGAGUCCUCUGGCACUACCAAACCCAGACAGAGGCUGAGCUCCAGCAUGAUGGUGAUGCCUGUGGUGACCCAGGAGGAUCUCAGCAAUGUUCGUUUACGUUCCGUCAGCAGCUCAGAUUCAGACAAAGGCUUGGAGGGCUCACCUGAAGUCAUCAGGGAGGAGGAGCAGGAACAGGAUCUGGAGCUGGAGAGCUGUCCAUUGGUCCACCACAGUCCUAAAGCUAAACCACCUGUUGCUACUAAGCCACCCGCACACAAAUGGCCACCGAUACAUAUGGUAAAGUCCUCCUCAAUCUCUACACAGUUCUCAGAGACCCUUCCUGCCUCACCAAGAGAGAGGCAAGGGGACAUGUUUAUGGUGGAAAGAAGAGUGAAGCCUAAGAGGUCACAUCAGCCUCCUCGUGUUGCCAGUGAUGGGGUUAUGUUUCAGAGGCAGCAAGCUGUAGACAGGCAGCAGUAUGAUGUGACUGACUCACACCCACCACCUGCCUCCUGCCAUUCAGAGACCAGGAACGUGAGAAGGACCUCUCUCAUCAGCACCACAUCUCUUCAAGCUGAACUAGAUAGGAAGAAGAAGUUGGUUCCCCCUCCAGUCGCAAAGAAACCUGAUGUCCUCUUCAUGCCCUCCAUCAGCUCACUGGGACAGGAGAGCACCAGGAGCCAUGUCUGGUCUGGGCUCAGUGGUGCUUACCAGGCUCCUGCCAGUGCAUACCAGCCUCCUACCACUGGUUACCAGGUUACUGCCAGUGGUUACCAGGUUACUGACAGUGUUUACAGAGACAGAGACUUUACUGGACAAGAUUGCAACCAUAACAGGAUAAGAGAUGGACUUUUCCUAGAUGAGAACAGUGGAGAGAGGAGGGCAAUGCCUCAGAUGAGAACACUGUGCCUCGGGGAGCAGGGGGAGGAAGAGUUGGACCACAACUCCUCACAGCCAACUACUGAGGACCUAUUCACCAUCAUACACAGGUCAAAGAAGAAACUCCUGGGUCGUAAAGAAACAGCUGACAGCACUGGGAGCAGGCAGGGUUACGGAUCCCCCAUUAAAGGCACCCCGAGGGUCGUCCAGAAGUCAAGCUCCAAAAAUGACAACUUCAUGGCUUUUCUGCAGAGGAGGAGGAGCAAUAAACCCAGCUCUGGGGAGAGACUGUCAGCCUCUGAACUACUGAAGAAUACUAAACCAUUGGCCGGCCAACCGUAGCGCAUCAAACAACUCCAAUGUUUAUGUUUCUCAAUGUGUAACAAACACUAUUCACUCAAUAUGGGGCAUGCGAGUAUUGUGGACAAUCAGGGAGAGAAGGAAAAGUCUAUAGUUUGUAUUGCUUUACGUGCUACAGUUCACCGACAGCUUGUUUCUGUGACGGCAAUACAGUGUAUAGAGGUCAUGUCUAACUGGAAAUAUGACAGUGUUGGCCAGCUGUGUUUUGCUUAUGAGCUGAGACAAUCUAUCGUGUCAAUACAUCUUUCUUGCCUUGACUUGUGAUGCCUACAACAUUUGUUUUUGAGCUGCCAACAUUUGUGCUUUUGGUCUUGGUCAUGUAUCGCUCAGAAAUUAAACAGAGCUGCUUGUG